CUCCUCCUUUUUCCUCUUUCCGUUAUAUUUCGCUUUCUUCGUCUCCCUCUCCGAUCUUCUUUAGGGUUUGUUUUGUGCAACUUCCGUGCUACAGAGCUUUCGGCAUCUUGAAUCUCGUCAGAACAGCUAUUCAGAGAUUGGUUCUUGUUUGUUUCAGCAAAGUUGUAUCGUCAACCAGAAAUUAAAGGUUCAUUCAACUCAUCAACCUCCGUGCUGUUUUUACCAUCCUUUCAAAGAAUCCUUGUGCAAAUAAUGUUUUAACCUGCCAUAGAUGCAGUGCUGCUUAGGAGAUGAGAAGUUUUCAGGAAGCCUGCGAUUGAUGGACUUGUCACCUCACGGUACUGAUAAAAAAACAUUGAAGAGGUGGUUUUUCAUAGACAAAAGGGUCGGCUAAAAGGAUUUGCAAGGUAGUACUUUGGUUGAUAAAGCUGUUGCUAAUUAAUAACGUAGUCAUAGUUCACUAUAUUAUAAGUCCUCUGAAACUGAUCUGGAGCUGAUGGAGUUGAAGUCUAAUCAUGCAUCUCCGGUUCUCACUGAUCCUACUCCACUAAACAAGUCAAGGUUAGUGAAUCGGCUGCCGUAUGCACAAUCAGGUGGAUCUUUCUCAUCUGGAAAGUGUGUCACAAUUUCAAGGAAGAAGCCGGGAAAGCUUGAUGAUGUGCUCCCCAAUGGUUGGCUGGAUGCCAUGAGAUCAUCAUCACCCCCUCGCAAAAAGUUUAUUAUCGACUGUAAUGUUGAUGUCCCCUCAGAUGACAGUGAUAAUGCUUACUGCUCCUGGAUGCUCAAUUACCCAUCUGCACUUAAAUCUUUUGAGCAAAUCGCAAGAAAUGCAAAGAGCAAGAAGAUAGCAAUUUUUCUAGAUUAUGAUGGUACUCUUUCUCCCAUAGUUGAUGAUCCAGAUCGUGCAUUUAUGUCCAAUGCUAUGCGUUCUACCGUAAGAAAUGUUUCCAAGUACUUCCCUACGGCAAUUAUUACUGGAAGAAGCCGUGAUAAGGUUUAUGAGUUGGUAGGACUAACCGAACUCUGCUAUGCCGGUAGUCAUGGGAUGGACAUCUUGAGUCCUGUGAGUGAUUCAGUUUCGGAUGACCACCCAAAUUGUAUUAAAUCUACUGACCAAGAGGGCAAGGUACUAAAUCUUUUCCAGCCUGCUAGAGAGUUCAUACCUAUGAUAGACGAGGUUUUUAGAACCCUUGUCGAGAAUACUAACGGAAUAAAAGGUGCAAAAGUAGAGAAUCACAAAUUUUGUGCCUCUGUACAUUACCGUAAUGUAGAUGAGAAGAGCUGGCCAACUAUUGCACAAUGUGUUCAUGAUAUUCUAAAAGACUACCCUCGUUUGCUACUAACCCAUGGUCGGAAGGUUUUAGAGAUCCGACCUGUGAUUGAUUGGAACAAGGGCAAGGCAGUCGAGUUUUUGCUUGAAUCUCUCGGGCUAAGUGAAAGUGAUGAUGUGCUGCCCAUCUAUAUUGGAGAUGACAAGAGUGAUGAGGAUGCAUUCAAGGUGUUGCGGGAAGGAAAUCGGGGUUAUGGAAUUUUGGUGUCUUCAGUUCCUAAAGAAAGCAGUGCACAUUACUCUCUAAAGGACACUUCAGAGGUGAAGAAAUUUCUCAAGGCAUUGGUAGGUUGGAAGAAGAAGCUUGAAGUAGGCAGGCGUAGCAUAUAAUUGCAAACACUCUGUUGAUAUCACCUCUGGGUUCAUAUUUCACAAGGAAUCCAGAUGAUCAAAGUGGCCACAUCAUUUCCAAUAUGAUCUGCAGUUUAAAUGUUUUAAAUAUUUUUUUUGCCAACAUUUUUAAUAAAUUAUAUAAUUCUUUUUUGUUUGGAUCUUGUAAAUCCUUUUUUUUUUUUUCUCGUAUUGAGAUCUGUUCAGCUCUCAUUGUUAUUUUAUUCUUACACUUUAUUUCCAGCCAAUGAAAUGAAAAUGAUCUCUUUUA